GUGGAUUAAUCAGAAAAUGCUGAUCAUAUUUUGCACACUAUUGAGCUUCAAAGUUUGUCGAUGCACAGAUGAUCUGUUCUUUGGAACAAAGACUAUUGGUGUUGGAGAAAAUGCGACCCUGACAUGUGCACGCCCGACGUCUGAAUAUGAUGCAACCUUGUAUUGGAUCAGGAUUGUUUCUGGAAGCUGGCCUGAAUUAUUGGGAGGAACAUUUGCCUUUGAUUAUGCUGGUGUUAACAAGACUCCUCAUAUUACGACAAAACAAGAACCUGGAACAUUUAUUCUGGAAAUAAUUGAAGUUAAUCAAAGUGAUACUGGUCUUUAUUACUGCAUAAAAGUCAGGCAGCUUGCUAUGACAUUUUUAAAGGGAACAUUUCUGAGGAUUAAAGGACUAGAACCAACUAUCAAUGAUACCAUUCAAGUGUUUCCUUCUGAUCAUGUCCAUCCAGGAAACCCAGUGACUCUGCAGUGUUCAGUUUUCUCUAACUCCGAGAACAAAACAUGUCCUCGAAAUCACAGUGUGUUUUGGUUCAAUGUUAGAUCUGAUAAAUCUCAUCCUAAUGCAAUUUAUCCAAAUGAAAACAGUGAUAAAUGUGAGAAGAUUCAAGAGGCUUCCUCCACACAGAAAUGUGUCUACAGCUUCUCCAAGAACGUCAGCUCCUCUGAUGCCGGGUCGUACUACUGUGCUGUGGCCACAUGUGGACAGAUCAUUUUUGGUAAUGGAAUAAGACUGGAUGUUAAAGAACUCACCACAUGGAAUUUGCAGAAGGCCACUACAGCCAUCUUUCUGUUAUGUGCUGUUUUGGUUACAAGUCUGGUUGUUAUCGCCUACCUCAUUUAUACCAUCAAGAAGAAAACAUGUAAUUGUUGUAAAGAUGUUGGAACAGUCAGUGGUGAGGAGCAGAGUCAGCAGACAGUUGAAGAUUCAGUGGUUUAUUCAUCAACAACUUUCACCUGGAGAAAAACUGACAAAGUGGAGCAAAUGAGUUCCAGGAAAGCAGAGGAGACAGUCUACACUGGUGUGAGAGAUUUGUAG